AUGUCUUCCUAUGACCUGUGUUCUCCCAGCCCCUGUGGGCCAACCCCACUGGCCAACAGCUGCAACGAGCCCUGUGUCAGGCAGUGCCAGAACUCGACGUACGUGAUCCAGCCCCCUGCUGUGGUGGUCACCCUGCCCGGACCCAUCCUCAGCUCCUUCCCCCAGAACACCGCUGUAGGAUCCAGCACCUCUGCUGCUGUUGGCAGCAUCCUGAGUGAGGAGGGAGUGCCCAUCAACUCCGGGGGCUUCAGCCUCUCUGGCCUUGGUGGCCGCUAC